CGCGAGCAAGGGGGCACUGGGGACGCAAAAUCAGGGUACUGGGGAUUCAAACCAAGAUGUAUUAUUUUAAUAUUUUCGGGUCUUAUGCGCAAAAAAACAACCGAGGCACUUUAUCAUCUUCCCGAAGCGACACCCAACCAGGCACAGGGGAGGAGAUUUUCCUUAUCCUCCUGAUGCCGCUUCUAAUGCGUCUCUCCCCACCGGCGGCGGCGCCGUCGCCGCAGUACCGGCGAAGCCACGGAGGUUCUACCACGAGAUUAAACGCCGUACUCCCCGAGACCUCAGAGCGAAUGUUUCUUGUAGCUAGACAUGCCUCAUCGUCGACUGAUGCGGUGCGUCCUAGGAGCGACAACUUUGAUAUAGCUAAUGGACAUGGUCAUUUCCUUAUCAAGUCUACAUCUGAUCUUCAGGUAUGAUGGAAGCUGUAUCUUCUUGUUUCGGGAAAGCAUUGGUGACCAGCAGUGCUGUCAUGCUUGCGAUGCCACCCAGUUGCUUGGCAGAAGAAUGUGACCCGGGGUACUCUCUUCCUAACAUGCCGCUGCUGUUUGCGAUAGCCAUGGUUGGUGCUACUGUUGGAGGGCUCCUUGCGAGACAAAGGAAAGGGGAACUUAAAAAGCUUAAUGAUCAGCUACGUCAGAUAAAUGCUUCACUGAGAAGACAAGCCAAGAUCGAAUCUUAUGCUCCUGCUUUGAGCUAUGCACCGGCUGCUAGUAAGAUACCAGAAUCAGAAGUCAUUGUUGAUCCUCACAAACAGCGCCUGCUCGCAUAUCUGAGGACUGGGAAGAACUACCUGAGAAACCAAGCUCCAGACAAGGCAUUUUCCGAGUUUAAGGCAGCUCUUGAUCUUGCACAAUCUUUGGGUGAUCAUGUUGAAGAGAAGAAGGCGGCACGAGGAUUAGGAGCAUCAUUGCAAAGACAAGGAAAUUACAAGGAAGCAAUAAAGUACCACUCCAUGGUUCUCAGCAUCUCCAAGAUGACUGGAGAGGAUUCAGGUGUCACUGAGGCAUAUGGGGCAAUAGCCGAUUGCUACACCGAAGUUGGUGAGCUCGAGAAGGCAGGCAAGUUCUACGAUGAGUACAUUGCAAGAUUGGAGAAUGACUGAAACAGUGUGUGUGUGUGUGUGUGUGUGCGCGCGCGCACGCGCGCGCGCGUGCGUGCGUGCGUGCGUGCGUGCAUGUGUGUGUGUGUGUGUGUGUGUGUGUGUGCUACCUGUGAGAAUGCAAACACCACUAAACUUUUCGUUCUUCACUAGUCAUAUGAUGUUUUGUAGAUGUGCAGUUCCUGUCAACAAAAAAGACUCUGGUUUAUUAUAUCUUCUAAGUUGUUUCCCCUGAA